AUGUAUCCGAAUCUAUCUAUCUAUCUAUCUAUCUAUCUAUCUAUCUAUCUAUCUAUCUAUCUAUCUAUCUCAGUCUCUUCAUUAUCUAUCUAUCUAUCUAUCUAUCUAUCUGAAAAUUUCAGUCUGGCUCUAUUUCAGUCUGUUCUUUCUUUCACUGACAAUAUCUUGAUUUGUCUGUGUCACUUUUUCAGGUCAUAUCUAUAUUCUCAAUUUGGUCCAUCUAUCUAUCUAUCUAUCUAUCUAUCUAUCUAUCUAUCUAUUUCUAUCUAUCUAUGUCUAAUCCGAAAUCUAUCUAUCUAUCUAUCUAUCUAUCUAUCUAUCUAUCUAUCUAUCUAUCUAUCUAUCUAUCUAUCUCAGUCUGUUCAUAUCUAUCUAUCUCAGCCUGUUCAUAUCUAUCUAUCUGUCUAUCUAUCUAUAUCUAUCUUGGUCUGUUCAUAUCUAUCUAUCUAUCUAUCUAUCUAUCUAUCUAUCUAUCUCAGUCUGUUCAUUAUCUAUCUAUCUAUCUAUCUAUCUAUCUAUCUAUCUCAGUCUGUUCAUAUCUAUCUUCUCAGCCUGUUCAUAUCUAUCUAUCUAUCUAUCUAUCUAUCUAUCUAUCUAUCUAUCUAUCUCAGUCUGUUCAUAUCUAUCUAUACAUUUCAGUCUGGUUCUAUCUCUCUUAGCCACCUGUUCAGAUCUAUCUAUCUAUCUAUCUAUCUAUCUAUCUAUCUAUCUAUCUAUCUAUCUAUCUGUAAAAAUUUCAGUCUGGCUCUAGCUCUCUUAGCCAGUUUUUUUUCUUUCUUUCAUUUUCUUUUUUUCACUGUCUAUCUGUUGAUUUCUCUUAGUCUGCUCAUAUCACUCUAUUUAUCUGUGUAUGUUCAUAAUUAUCUAUCUAUCUAUCUAUCUAUCUAUCUAUCUAUUUUAAUUCUUUCCUACGAAUCAAAUCUUAUUCUGACCAUAUACAUAUUUCAUCAUAGGGUUGAAAUCGCUGACUACUUAGCCUCUGUCGGUCAAGAUUAA